CUAAAAAUAAAAAGGGGACGCUAUUAAAAUGACGAGGAAUGUAUGUAUCUCGUCAAGUCAAAGAAUACAAUUUAUUAAGCGAAAAUUAGCCAUAGUUUUUUUUUGUGCUGUGGCUACCCUGCCAGCAACAGCUGCUUGCUUCGCUAGUGCGCCAACAGUGCCGCCCUUUAGUAGCUAGCAGCCCCACAAAGCUGCCGGUCGAACGUAAUACCGGCGGAAUAAAACGCUCUCAUACGCUCAGCGGCUGCCGGUCGCGCGAUUCACUUUCGAUACUUAUCGCUUCUUUCUAAUUUAUUUAUUAAAGAGCUAUUAGUUUUUAACGACAAACGGGAGCGGGAAAGCCAAAAGUGAACGCAAAAAAUUUGGAAUCAGAAGCCAAUAGUCCGUGCACAUAAAUCACCUUGAAAUAAAAAAUGUGCAUUGUUGUUGUGGUUGUUGUUGCCCCUCUUGACGGUAUAAAAUUUGGCUGCAGCGAGACAUUUCCGUGAGAAUGGACUCACCAACACCGCCAAUUGUAAUCGACGAUCCGAACGGUUCAGCAAUGGACGCUUGCUUUACGGCAUUCGAUAAGGACGGCGAUGACCGCCUAAGUUUAGCCGAAUUUACGCUCAUCUGUCGGGCGUUAUUCCGCAACGACAAAGGACACAUUUACGAUGUGCCAGCGGAUCGAUUGCAGCAGAUUUUCGAAGUAUUCGAUACGGACGGUGAUGGCUAUAUUGAUAGGGAGGAAUUUAAAUUUUGCUGGAAUCGUUGGAUAAAAACGAUUGUAAGACCGGUGAACGCUUUCCUCAUUGUUGAUGUACAGAAUGAUUUUAUAAGUGGAUCCUUGGAUAUAAGUAAUUGCAGUGCACAGCAGAAGGGACAUGAGGUGAGUGUGCUUAGCAGAGCGUUUGGCGCGCUACUCAACUAGGGAACGCGUUGUGUCGCGUC